AUGUCAUAUACGAGACGUGUAUAUCCAAGCUGGUCAAGGGUCUGGUAUAUAUGGCCAACGCGUCACGCCCAGCAGUUUUGUCCAGAACGCCGUAUUCAGAGCGUGUACGAUAAGGUGGCGUUCCAAAAGAAGGCACUCCAAGAGUUUAAGCUGACCUGUGGCGACCCUGUAUCGGUGUCCGAUAUGCAGAUACGGGGCAUUGUGGCUGGACGAUUGAAUCUGGACUAUGUAGAUGGGAACAACUUGACCCAACUAGGCGUCCACGAUGGUACUGACGAUUCAGAUCAUGAGACCGUUGGUAAUGGUGGUGGUGGUAGUGGUGGGAACGAGGGUGACAGGUUCGUAUUCCUGCGCUUCAACGUGGCCAAGUUUAAGGCCAUUAAUCGAUCCAUCACAAGUACUAUUAUGGCCAAGCACUUGGAUCGUAUGGUGCAGGAGUUGACUAUACUGCGCUCCAGGGACCCCGAUACGACCAUUACGGAAUUCGACCGUCUCCGGACAGUACACAUUACUACGGGCCCAAAGAACAACACAAGGUCGACGAUCAGUCUAUUUGAGAAUGUGGACCAUGAGAAGGAUGUUUUGGACGUCCGUUAUUACGCCAACUGGCUCAUCAAGGCGACCGCGAAUAUCUGGGACCUGUUCGGUAUAAACCGAUCCGUCAUGUUAUAUCUGGCACGUCUGGUCAUUGUGUUGGACCUCAUGACCGAGUCUAUCAUGUCUCUUAUACCGCGGCCACCGCCAAUGGAAGGCCUAGAUGUCACGGAAGUGUGGACCGAUAUGUCGCAGUUUGAUAGCAUGAUGAACAGGUACAAACGGGGGAAGCCGAUCCCCAAUACACCAAGCGCCAAGAUGCUACUAGAUACGUGCCGCGAUUCAUAUCGGACCCUAACUGACUCCAAGACAUACCCCAACUUGGUUGGGACAUGGAAAAGGUACGUCGAUAUGAGGCCUAUGUACUGUCUGUGCCACGGGUGGAUGAAGGACAUAGCCGAUCUGAGACGUUCCACAUGGCGCAAUGAGCUCAUCUCUAAGAACUUCUGGACCAAAGGCCGUAUUAAGCGACCAGAUACAACCCCUAUAGUCAUAAGUGUCGUGGCCUGA